UCGAAAGUGUUAAAAGAAACAAGAAAAUAUUGAGCGAGCUAUGGGAGAAUAAAGAGAGAUGGAGGCAACGAAAGAGAAGAUGGAGAAGGAACAGAACAAGAGGAGAGACGAAUCUGACGUCAAGAAUGAUGCAGGAAAGGCCGAUGACACGGUCAGAGCGAUCGUUCGCGAAUCCAUAAUUGAAGGCGGAAGCGACGGUAACAGAGACGGAGGUGAUAGCGCUCGCAAGCCGGAAGACAUUCUUGCUUUCUCAAGAACCGUACGGAAGAUGGAUUCCUCGCUUGAGUAGUUUUAUGUAUUCUGUUAUUUGUACUUUUUGCUUCGGUAUGUUAUUUUCUUCUUUUACUAUCAAUCAACUAGCAAAAUAAAUAAAGAUUAAACAACUUCUUUCUA